UUCCAAUAUGGUACGACGAUUUGCGUGCACUUUGACCGGCGUCCAGUGAUUAUCGUGAAGAAGAAAAAAAGAAGCAGACACCAAGCAAAAUGUUCAACUGUUGUGGCAGACGGUAUAACUACCGUCCCAUCGAUCUUCAACUUCAACCGAGUGGCUUCGGCGUGCGCCAUGUCCAGACGGUUCUGCUUUUCUUCGGCCUGACGGUGGCCUAUGCCCUGCGCGUCAAUCUGUCCGUUGCGAUCGUCGUAAUGGUUGACAAGAAGUCCGCCAAUCCGGACUUUGAGGAGUACGAUUGGAACGAAAGAACAAAGUCGCUCAUCCUGAGCAGCUUCUUCUGGGGCUACGUCGUGACGCAGAUUCCGGCCGGGCAGAUGGCUCAACGCUUCGGAGCGAAGGUGCUGCUGUUGGGUUCGCUCGGGGUUUGCUCGACGUUGGCCGUUUUGACGCCCUGGUUCGCGCAUAUUGGCGGAAGUCAGCUGGUGAUUGCGUUGCGAGUGGUUCAAGGGUUUAGCCAGGGAUUCAUCUUCCCGUCAACACAUACGAUGCUCUCGAAGUGGGCACCGGUGAGUGAACGAGGGACGCUCGGGACUUAUUGCUACGCUGGAGCGCAGUUCGGAACAGUGGUCAUGUUGGCAGUUAGUGGAGUUCUGGCCGCAUCGUCCAUGGGUUGGCCCAGCAUCUUUUACAUCUCUGGUGCGGCCGGAUGCAUCUGGUCGGUGCUGUGGUUCUUUUUUGGCAGUAACUCCCCGGUGGAACAUCGCAGCAUAUCCCCAGAGGAGAGAAACUUCAUCGAGAGUUCGCUCGGCAAUCAGGAUCACAGCAAGAAGAUUGUAACACCCUGGAUGGCGAUCUUCACAUCGGCUCCGAUGAUUGCACUGAUCGUCGCUCACUGCAGUCACAACUGGGGCUUCUGGACGCUCCUGACGCAGAUGCCAACCUACAUGAAAAGCGUUCUCGGACUAGACAUUAAAAAAAAUGCACUGCUGUCUAGUUUGCCCUAUCUGGCCAUGUGGAUCCUCAGCUUCGUGUUCAGUCCAAUCUCGGAUUUCCUGAUCAACCGACAGUACCUCUCGCGGGUCGUCUGUCGGAAGCUGUUCAACUCGAUCGGUUUGUGGAUUCCGAUGUGUGCCCUGCUGGGACUAGCGUUCGUGCCCAAGGGAGGAACCGAUUUGGCCAUCGCUUUGCUAACCGUUGCCGUCGGUAUCAAUUCGGCUACGUACUUGGGCUUCCAGGUCAACCACAUUGAUUUGGCGCCGAAUCACGCUGGAACCAUGAUGGGUAUCACGAAUUGUGCGGCGAAUAUUAUGAGCAUUAUUGCACCACUCAUUGUGGGUGAGGUGUUGACCGAUGAGAAUGAUCCCAUUCAAUGGCGAACCGUGUUCUACAUUGCGGCAGCCGUUUACUGUGUCGGUAAUUUGGUGUUCGUCACGCUGGGCAAGGCGGAAAUUCAGUCCUGGAACGAGCCCCGGAAUGCGUCCGACUCCGAGACUGGGGUGCCAAACAACCACAACAAUGCCAACGCCGUGGACCACGUGGAUUAGGGUGUGGA